AUGGCUUUACUGAAACGCUCUGGGGUCUUAGAAUCCUACGAACAUGAAUUGGAGCCUCACGAGCACCCCAGCCCCCCGCUGAUGACACUCACUCCCACCGACAACGGAUGCAAUGGCAUGGCAGUAUUGCUACCGUUUGUUACUGUCGGCGGGCUCGCCGACCAUAGCACGACAGUCAUCAGGCAUGGUUCUGUCGCUGGCAGCUAUGAUGGCUUCGCCGAGAUCACCGUUUCGGGGGGAAUUACGGACAUGGCGGCCAAACCGUCGCCGGCUUCAUCACAGUAAGUCCAAAAACGCUGUUAUACUACGGCCUACAUACUAACUACGGUCAUAAACAUGAACGGUCGACAAACUUGCUACCGUUUU